UGGCUCUGAACAGCGCUGAGAGCGCAAAGGAACUGCAGCCCGCCAUUGUGUAGAAACCAAGCUCUAUAGAGAGACAGGGGCACUUGGCUAACUCGAACAGACAUUUCCUACACCCUGCCGCACUAAUUAAUAACUAAAUUUAAUACGCAGGCCCCAGGGAUAAAGAAAUGUCAGCAAGCAGCCUUCUUGAACAGAGACCGAAAGGCCAAGGAAAUAAAGUGCAAAACGGAGCUGUAAACCAAAAGGACACUUUAAAUGAUGAUGAGUUUGAGCCGUACCUGAACACUCAGGCGAGACAGAGCAAUGCCUACACGGCCAUGUCGGACUCCUACAUGCCCAGCUACUACAGCCCCUCCAUAGGCUUCUCCUACUCGCUCAACGAGGCGGCGUGGUCCACCGGCGGCGACCCCCCCAUGCCCUACCUGGCCUCCUACGGACAGCUGAGCAACGGGGAGCACCACUUCCUGCCGGACGCCAUGUUCGGCCAGGCGGGGGCGCUGGGGAGCAACCCCUUCCUGGGGCAGCACGGGUUCAACUUCUUCCCCGGCGGCAUCGACUUCUCGGCGUGGGGCAGCAGCGGCUCCCAGGGACAGUCCUCGCAGGGCUCGGGCUUCGGCAGCAGCUACGCGUACGCCCCCAGCUCGCUAGGGGGCGCCAUGAUCGACGGACAGUCGCCCUUCGCCGCCAACGAGCCCCUCAACAAGGCGCCGGGCAUGAACAGCCUGGACCAGAGCAUGGCGGCGCUCAAGAUCGGGGGCGCGGGGGACAUGGCGCCCAAGGUGGUGGGGUCCGGCCUCCCCGGCGGCGGGGGGCCCCUCAACCCGGUAUCGGGGGCGCCCAGCAUGCCCCCCGCCUCCAUGGCGCCGGUCAAACCGGCCUCCUGGGCGGACAUCGCCAGCAAGCCGGCCAAGCCCCAGCCCAAGCUGAAGGCCAAGGGCGGGCUGGGCGGGUCUAACCUGCCCCCGCCCCCCAUCAAACACAACAUGGACAUCGGCACCUGGGACAACAAGGGGAGCGUCCCCAAGGCGACCGCGCCCCAGCAGGCCGCCGCCGUCGUCCCUAGCAACGGGCAGCCGCCCAACCAGGCCUCCCCCCAGCCCGGCGCCACCGCCGGCGGGGGGCCGCAACUCCCCCUGACAAACGGCCAGCUGGCGCCCCCUGCUGGCCAGCUCGGGCCGCACCACCAGCAGCCCCCACCCCCCGGCCAGCCGCAGCUCCCUCCCCAGGGUCCGCCCCCGGCCCAGCCCCCCCCUCCCACCCGCUGGGUCCCGCCCCGUAACCGUGCCAACGGCUUCGGGGGGGACGCCGGCAGCGGCGGCGGCGGCGGGGGGGUCGGGGCCGGGGCGGGGCAGUCGCCGCCCAGCUCGGGCGGCGUGGGCGGGGUCCUGGUGCCCUCGGAGCCCCACCCGGUCCUGGAGAAGCUCCGCCUGGUGAACAACUACAACCCCAAGGACUUCGACUGGAACCCCAAGCAAGGGCGCGUCUUCAUCAUCAAGAGCUACUCGGAGGACGACAUCCACCGCUCCAUCAAGUACAACGUCUGGUGCAGCACGGAGCACGGCAACAAGCGGCUGGACGCGGCGUACCGCUCGCUGGCCGCCAAGGGCCCGCUCUACCUGCUGUUCAGCGUCAACGGCAGCGGGCACUUCUGCGGCGUGGCCGAGAUGCGCUCGCCCGUGGACUACAACACGUGCGCCGGCGUCUGGUCGCAGGACAAGUGGAAGGGGCGCUUCGACGUGCGCUGGAUCUUCGUCAAGGACGUGCCCAACAGCCAGCUGCGGCACAUCCGCCUGGAGAACAACGAGAACAAGCCCGUCACCAACUCGCGGGACACCCAGGAGGUGCCCCUGGACAAGGCCCGGCAGGUGCUCAAGAUCAUCGCCGCCUACAAACACACCACCUCCAUCUUCGACGACUUCUCCCACUACGAGAAGCGCCAGGAGGAGGAGGAGAGCGUCAAAAAGGUCGAGGUUCAGGGAAGCGACGCGUUCUCCGGUAACCCCGGCAGGAGCCAUUACAGACUGCAGGAUCGCCAAGGACGUGUCAAGUAGCCCUGGCCCCUCCCACCUGUGGACUGCCAUGACUCCACCCACUCCUCCCCCGCAUCCAGAUCUUUACACGAAUUCAGACAGAAACAGAAAAAAAAUUUAACCAGGGACACAAAAGAAAAGGAAAAAAAAAAAAAACUAAAUGAAGACUCUUUCUUGAUUUCUGUUGACUUUAAAGACUUACUUUGAACUUGUAGUAAAAAUAAAAAAGAAAAAGGAAACAAUUAUUCAUAGGACUACAAAAAAAACUUAAAAACGAUUCUAUAGCAUCCUUAGGUGAUCAAGUCAUUUUCUUUCUUUUUUUGUUUUUUUGGUCCGGCCCCAUGUCUUCCCAACUCAAACCCCUGACCCCCACCCCCACCCAACUCCCCCCUCUCUUCACUGAUCACCACAUAUCUUUCCCUCGUAUCUUCUUAUUCCCUCUUUUUUCCUCCCCCUUUUCUUAUUUUAACGAAAGCUGUUUUUACAGAAGGGCAAGGCUUAAUAAAAAAAUUUAAAAAGACCUAGAGUGGGAACUCUGGCGCCCCCUCCUGGUGCCUGGAGCUGAGCGCACUCAUGAGGAGGGGGCCAGUUUUUUUUUUUUUUUUUUUUGCGUGUUCAUCUAGUUCCCAUUCCCCGUCAGACACUCCCGUUUCCCCCCCCCCCCCCCCCCCCCCUUUUUUUUUUGUUUGUUUUUUUUUUUGUUGAGGAGUCUCGUUUUGAGUACCACGAGACGCGGAGUGAGUCCGUGUGCGUUUUCGGAGUUCUUCCUCCCGCCUCGACGGACAGAGCGCUUCGCGGAUCAGCCAGGAAAUCACCUUCCGGAACGACGGACCUGCACCCCUCUCCCUCCCCCCCUCACCCCAGUCCGAUGG